AUGAUCCCGCCGUCAACCACUUGGUCAACGCAGCAGCAUUUUUCGAUGAAGCUCUGGUGCCGGACUUUGCGGUAGAAAACAACACGGCGAUACUCUAUACCACUUUGGGAACUUACAGACGGAAGCGAGAUGAGCUUCCUAGACGGAUUCGCGAAUUGGGUAAAGUGAAGCCCCCGUACCAUGUGAACGUGCUCUUGUGUUUGGUUGAUAUACCUGCUGCAGAGGCUGGAGAGUGUCUAGAGUCUCUCAAUCUCAUAGCCGUAAACACUGGACUCUCCCUCCUCCUUGCAUGGUCCAGUGUUGAGGUCUCGCGUUACAUCCAAACUCUGUAUAAAUAUCAAG